GAGCUGCUUUACCCCGGCUCUUCGCGCUCUCCGCAGAUCAUGGACGACAUCAAGCUGGGGAUCCAGUACGCCUUCCAGACCCAGAACCCCCUGACGCUGGCCAUCAGCGGGCCGGGCCACUGCGCCAUGGAGGCUGCGCUGCUGAACGCGGUGGAGGCCGGGGAGGUGGUGCUGAUGGCGGUGAAUGGAAUCUGGGGGGAGCGCGCGACAGACAUCUCCAGGAGACUGGGAGCUGAUGUCCGGCAAUUGGUGAAGGCCCCAGGGGAAUACUUUGCACUGAGCGAGAUUGAGGAGGUGAGUGCUCAGGCAUUGGAGCGGGACGCUGGGCGGCCCAGGGGACUGCAGCCUGCCGGGCCCCUGGAGAGACAGGAGCCCUGGCGCUGCUGCGUGGCAGGCAGUGAAAGCGGAAUGGGCUAUGACCAGAGAAACCCGUCCCAGCAGUCCCCUAAUUUCCGCUGCUGGGCUAACGAGAGGCCGCCUGCCCCAGGGAACCCUGCAGCCCACUCGCUACUCAUGCUAGCAGAGAGCAGCUGUGGUCCCCCCUGCCAGCAGCCCAGCGAAAUGCCAGGCCAAGGAGCCCUCCCUCUCCGGCCGGACAGUCUGGGGCGACGCGCGUCUCCUCGGGACCCAGCCCCAGGUGCGAGCGCUGCCCCGUGCCGGCCUGGCCCUAGCUCUCUUCCACGCCCCCUCUGCUGUGCCCCUGCAGGCUUGGUCUAAGGGCCGCAGGUGUCU